AUGUGGAAGGAAAAUGCACGUAACCCAAUCUGUUUGAGACGACAUAUUACGCUAAUUAUCUCCCCUUGUUCCCAGCUUUCUCUUUCUUUGCUCGUCCUAUUAGGCGACACCAACUGUUGUUCUGUUCUAUUUGAUAGCUAUUUGAUCUGUCAUUUGUUUUUAUCGUUCACACCUUUCUUUCUUUCUUUCUUUCUUUCUUUCUUUCUUUCUUUCUUUCUUUCUUUCUUAACAUUCCCUCACUCGUUCUUUCUUUCUCUCUUUCCAACAUUUCUUCUUUUUUCUCUUUUCUUUCUUUGUUUUUUCUUUUUCUUUCUUUCCAAUAUUUCUUCAAUUUUUUUCUUUCUUUCUUUCUUUCUUUCUUUCUUUCUUUCUUUUCUUUCUUUCUGUUUUUCCGACAUUUCUUCUUUUUCGCUUUUCUUUCUUUGUUUUUCCUUUAUUUUUCUUUCAUUCCAAAAUGUCUUCAAUUUCUUUCUUUCUUUCUUUCUUUCUUUCUUUCUUUCUUACCCACCCUUCCAAAAUUUUCUUAAUUUUUCUUUCUUUUCAUUUAUUACUUCUUUUCUAUCACCUCAUUCUUUAAUUUCUUCCUUUUUUGCCAUCCCUCCCGCUCUUCUUUCUUUCUUUCUUUCUUUCUUUCUUUCUUUCUUUCUUUCUUUCUUUCUUUCUUUCUUUCUUCAUUUUCUUUCUUUCUUUCUUUCUUUCUUUCUUUCUUUCUUUCUUCAUUUUUCUUUUUUCCUUCAUUCCCACCCUUCCAACAUUUUCUUCAUUUUUCUUCCUUCAUUUAUUUCUUCUUUUCUAUCUCUUCAUUUUUUCUUUUCUCCUUUUUUCUCCUUUCUUUUAUUUCUAUCUCUCCCACCUUCUUUCUUUCUUUCCCAUUAUUGUAUGAUAGGUUGUUUUAUUCUUUUGCUCAAUUUCAUCUUUUCCUUCCUCAUUUUCCCCUCCUUUUCUUUUUCAUUUUCUUCUCCUUACCUUCUUUUACAUGUUUAUCUCUCUCUACCUCUCCCUCCUCCCUUUAUAAGUCCUUUCCUUUGA